UGGGGGAUUACUACCGGCAGCGGCGAAGCCGGGCGCUGGAGAGCCUGGGGACCUGGUGGGUCCGCACGCGGGUCGCGACGAACUGGCAUCGAUGGGAGUCGGGCACAGCUGACCACCACCGCCCAGCCGCUCGCUACGAUGGUGACUGGCUUGAGCCUCCUGCUGCGCGUCCUGCCGCUACUGCUGUGGGGCUGCCAGGACGCACAGCCCACCCCGCGCGGACACCCGGAGCUACACCAGGAGGCAGAGGCAUUCCUGGAGAAGUAUGGAUACCUCAGUGAGCAGGGUUCCAAAGUUCCAGCCUCCACUCAGUUCAGUGACGCCAUCCGAGAGUUCCAGUGGGUAUCCCAGCUGCCCAUCAGCGGUGUGCUGGACCGGGCCACACUGCGUCAGAUGACACGCCCACGCUGUGGGGUCGCAGAUACCGACAGUCACGAAACUUGGACAGAGAGGAUCCGUGCCCUGCUUGCUGGACACCGCGCCAAAAUGAGGCGUAAGAAACGCUUUGCAAAGCCAGGUCACAAAUGGUACAAGCAGCAUCUUUCCUACCGCCUGGUGAACUGGCCCAAGAGCCUGCCUGAGCCAGCUGUGCGAGGGGCUGUCCGUGCCGCCUUCCAGCUAUGGAGUAAUGUGUCAGCGCUGGAGUUCUGGGAGGCCCCAGCCACAGGCCCUGCUGACAUCCGCCUCACCUUCUUCCAAGGAGACCACAAUGAUGGGCUGGCCAACGCCUUCGAUGGCCCAGGGGGCGCCCUGGCGCACGCCUUCCUGCCCCGCCGAGGCGAAGCGCAUUUCGACCAAGACGAGCGUUGGUCUCUGAGUCGCCGCCGUGGGCGCAACCUGUUCGUGGUGCUGGCUCACGAGAUCGGCCACACGCUCGGUCUCACGCACUCGCCCGCGCCACGUGCGCUCAUGGCGCCCUACUACAAGAAGCUGGGCCGUGACGCCUUGCUCAGCUGGGACGAUGUGCUGGCGGUGCAGAACCUGUACGGAAAGCCCCUAGGACGCUCAGUAGCCACCCAACUCCCUGGAAAGAUAUUCACUGACUUUGAAGCCUGGGACCCCCACAACUCUCAGAGCAGACGCCCGGAAACCAGAGGACCUAAAUACUGCCACUCUUCCUUUGAUGCCAUCACUGUAGAUGGGCAAUGGCGACUGUACGUCUUCAAAGGGAGCCACUUCUGGGAAGUCACAGCUGAUGGCAAUGUUUCAGAGCCUCAUCCACUACAGAAAAGAUGGCCGGGACUGCCCUCUAGUAUUGAGGCUGCUGCAGUGUCUCUGGAAGAUGGAGACUUCUUCUUCUUCAAAGGGAAUCGCUGUUGGAGGUUCCAAGGCACGAAGUCCGUGUUCGCACAGCUCUGCCGGGCAGGUGGUCUGCCCCGACACCCAGACGCAGCUCUCUUCUUCCCGCCUCUGCGCCGCCUAGUCCUCUUCAAGGGUUCCCGCUACUACGUGCUGGCUCGAGGAGGGAUGCAAGUGGAGCCCUACUAUCCCCGCAGUCUGAGGGACUGGGCUGGGGUCCCUGAGGAGGUCAGCGGCGCCUUGCCAAGGCCGGACGGUUCCAUUAUCUUCUUUAGAGAUGACCACUAUUGGCACUUGGAUCAAGCCAAACUGCGGGUGACCAGCUCUGGCCGCUGGGCCACCGAGCUGUCCUGGAUGGGCUGUUGGAAUGCCAACUCAGGAGGUGCCCUGUUCCAAAGGCUCCCCGUCACUGAAUGAACUGUGGUUGCUGCCACCUGAGGGGUGGGACCUGUCUAGGAAGGCCCUCGGCCUCUCAAGAACCACCUGGGCAGUAAGGACUCCAAGCAGGAAUCAGUCUGCAUUUGUUCCCCGUGGUGGAAGGAGAAUUAUGGUUCCCAUAGCCUUUACUGUCAAGGACCCCUUUCCUUCCAACUUGUGUGUGUAUGGGGGGGGGGCAGAUUCUGUUCUGGUGAAGAUGCCGUGAAGUGCCCAGGAAGAUCAAACCUCAGCUGAGGCUGGAGACUAUCUUCAGGACCCUCCCUUUCAGUGGGCUCAGUUCUUGGGAAAUCACGGGUUAUUUCUUCAGAGACUUCACCCCACCUCCUACCUUCAGUCAGCUGGGAUGUAGUGAAGCCUCAAGGACCCCGGCUGUCAGAGGCUGUCAGUUGGAUCAGAAGGCAGAGCAGAAGGGACAGCUCCUCCUGGGCAUGACUUUUUGUCUGGGCUAAUGAAACACCACCUGCAGCUGGUCAGCCUAGAGGUGUAGUAGCCUCCCGUGGACAGACUUGUCCACCCUUCUCAAUAGAAGCACAUGGUUACUGGGUGCUGGAGACACAGGGCCAUGCACUUACAUACAACUCAGGGACAGCCAGCUGUGUAUGGUCAUCAUGGAGAGACAGGGUGAACCUCUCUUCAAAACGCCCCAUUUGCCUCCAAGAUGGACAUCAGGAAGAUGAAAGAGGGCCCUCGGCGUUGAGCAGACCGCCAUGGCACUCUGCAGGUUGGGUGAGGCCUGUUUGCUUGAAAUGGCCCCAUUCUCCAGGCCACACACGCAGCAGCAUUCCGAAGCUCAUGUCUGGCCAAGAAUAGCUGGGAUUCCUGGACAAGGAACGAGCUCCCUGCCUUCCCCUUUUUCUUAGCCUGUCUCAGUAUUAAUUUUAGCAUCUGGAUCUCCAGCCCUCUCUCCUCCCUCUCCACCUACCAGUGCCUGUUCACGCGCACGCAUGCGCGCGCGCGCACAGAAACACACACACACACACACACACACACACAGUGACCACCAACAGUCAGCUCUCAGGGAGAGGAGAAUUGGGCAAGGGAGCAGCCCACAGUUCCCCAGAGGCAUUGCUGGCCGUGUGCCCUCCUUUCUUCUCUGUGCAGUGGACAGAAUGGCCUUUGACUGCCCUUGGAUGCAAGUGCUUUGUACUGCCCUGUCCCAAGAAAAACAUGGAGGAACCUCCCUGCUAGCCUACUGCUGUCUGGGCUGUACCCAGCGGGAGAAAAAAGGAGUCCAUCUUUAUCACUCCAUUCCACCUCAAGCGACUCUGAUUGGAGACUUUAAUGCCGAGUUAAGAGGGAAAGAGGCAAUUUAUUAAGAGGGCUGAGGGAACCCCAAGACUAUUUUUCUCCAGGCCAUGCCUGGAGAGAGGCCAGAGAACCUAAAAAUGACACAGGUAAGGCUGUGUUGGAGACGUGAGGGUCAGGAAAGCCGUGGGUGCUGGGUACUGUCUGGGAAGGAGUGCCUAGUUUCUGCUACAGUUCCGCAAGACAACAGGUGGAACAGUGAACCGACAGUGGAUCUUCUCACCAGGAGGAGGCGCUAAGGAUGGCAGCUUGAAGGGACAGUUCUGUGGAACUCAUUAGAGAUAGAAGAGUUUGGAGCAUUGCGGGCGCAGAGGCUGGGAGUAUAUGAGCUCAGAGCUGCCGGCGGCCUCCGCCGUACCCAGGUCAGGGUGCUCAAAAAUACAGUGCUCCACGUAGGCCGGGUGGCUGUGCAGGGUCUUGCAUUUCUUGCAGAAAAGGAUCUCACAGCGCGCACAGCCUCCGUGGCGCGGUGGCCGCCGCCGCGUCUCCAACACGCACGGUUCCUCCGGGGCACCCCGCUUCCUGCGGGCCGGGGACAUGAGUGCUCAGAGCCCGGCAGCCCUCCUCCCUAAGGCUCGGCCCCAGGUCCUUUUUGUCUCACCUGUCCGCGGGGGCCGCCAGGCUACCUAGCAGAGCGAACGGGCUGAGCCAGCCCCAGAAGCUGCUGUCCGAGCGUCGCAGCAGCGCCACCUGCUGGCUGCUGGACUCCUGGCGCAGCGGACUGUAGGACACCGAGCGGGCCUCGCGCUCAUCCGCGUCUCGGGUGUCCUCCUCCGGCUCUCCAGUUGUCGCGCUCUCUGGGUCCGACUUCUCCUCCACCGACGACGACGAGGACGACGACGAAGAAUCGUCCUCCAGUUCCUCCUCCCUGGCCUCAGGAUCCUCAACCUCCUUCCUCCACAAAGGAGUCUUCACGCCUGUAGACGGGGACCGCAUCAGUGCAGCCCGCUGCCCUGGCUGCUUGCCUGAGGGAGAUGCCCCCGGGCUGCUACCUGCUAAAGGGCAUCGGAGUCCCAGACUCCCGGACUGUGGCCGAGUUCCCACCCUCUUGAGCUUCCUUGCUAAGAAUUCCAAGCAAGACACCUCGCUUCCAUCAAGUUCCAUUUUUCCGUCUCUGAAGCGGGAAAAGUAGCAUCUACCUCAAGAGUGUCUGUGAGACUGACUUUAGAUACUAUCUGGGUAAAACAGUUUCCUGCUGGCGUUAGGCAAGCAAUCAACGAACAUAUAUUGCCAACCCGGAAGGAGGAGGGUUACACAACAUUAAUAAACCAAUUGUCAUUUCAA